CGGCCGCGGCUCCGUCGACGGCGAGGAGCUCCAUGGCUCAGGGGCCCGACAACGCGUCGAGGGAGUUGCGUGUGUCGUUCGGUGUUCAGAGGUGGGGGAUGAAUUUGGAAGGCUCGGAUUCGUCUUCUUCGUCUUCGGCUUCCUCCGCCACGAUGCGGACGAACAACAUGGAGCAGAGGGAGGAUCAGGAUGAGGUCGUGAGGUGCACGCCGAACAUGUCGUUUCAGAGGAAAUCGGAGCUACUGUCUAGGGUUAAGACAAGAUCCAGACUGCAGGAUCCACCGCAGGAAGAACAGAGGUAUUCAGGUUGGAUAGGGAGAUCCGACCAGCUCAGAUCCGGGUACCUAGGAAAAACUACGGAAGACGAAGAGGACGACCCAUUAGCGGACGAGGAUGUUCCUGAGGAGUACAAGAAGAGGAAGCUCGAUGCGUUGACGUUGCUGGAAUGGAUGAGCUUGGUCACCAUUGUAGCUGCAUUAGCUUGUAGCUUAUCGAUCCGUUCAUGGAAGAAGGUUGCUCUAUGGAACCUUCACCUCUGGAAAUGGGAGGUUUUCUUGCUGGUUCUCAUAUGUGGGAGGCUGGUUUCCGGUUGGGGAAUCCAUAUCGCCGUCUUCUUCAUCGAGAGAAACUUCCUCCUGAGGAAGAGGGUUCUGUACUUUGUGUACGGACUGCGGAAAGGCGUCCGGAACUGCAUCUGGCUAGGGCUCGUCCUUCUCACUUGGCAUUUCUUGUUCGACAAGAAAGUUCAACGCGAAACCAAGAGCAUGGUCCUCCCCUACGUGACCAAGGUCUUAGUGUGCUUCCUGGUCGGAAACUUGUUGUGGUUGAUCAAGAUCCUGGUCGUGAAAGUUCUCGCCUCCUCCUUCCAUGUAAGCACAUACUUCGACAGAAUUCAGGAAGCUCUGUUCAACCAGUACGUGAUCGAGACGCUGUCAGGUCCUCCAAUGGUGGAGAUGAGUAGAAUCGAGGAAGAAGAAGAACGGGCACAAGAAGAGAUGUAUAAGAUGCAGAACGCUGGAGCCAAUUUGCCGCCGGAUCUCUGUGCAGCUGCAUUCCCGCCAGGGAAAAGCGGGAGGACAAUGUUCGUAAACCCUAAGCUUUCGCCGAUGAUCUCGAAGACUGCAACUGAUAACGGGAUCACCAUGGAUCACCUGCAUAAGAUGAAUCACAAGAACGUUUCAGCAUGGAACAUGAAGAGGCUGAUGAAGAUCGUGAGGAAGGUUUCCCUGACUACUUUGGACGAACAGGUGAUCGACAAUUCUUACGAAGACGAUUACACUAGGCAGAUACGGAACGAGAAAGAAGCUAAAGCAGCAGCAAGGAAGAUUUACAAGAACGUGGCUCGAAGUGGAUUGAAGCAUAUUUACCUGGACGAUUUGAUGAGAUUCUUGCGUGAAGAUGAGGCCGUGAAGACAAUGAGCCUCUUCGAAGGUGCAUCCGAGACCAGAAGGAUUAGCAAAUCGGCUUUAAAGAAUUGGCUGGUAAAUGCUUUCAGAGAGAGAAGAGCUCUUGCCCUGACACUGAACGACACAAAGACAGCGGUGAACAAGCUUCAUCAGAUGGUUAACAUUCUCGCCAUCAUUGCCAUAUCAGUCAUAUGUCUAAUCCUUCUCGAAAUCGCCUCCUCCAGAUUCCUGCUCUUCCUAAGCUCGCAAGUCGUAGUAUUGACCUUCAUAUUCGGUAACACCGUGAAAACUAUCUUCGAAUCCAUCAUCUUCUUGUUCAUAGUUCAUCCUUACGAUGUCGGUGACCGGUGCGAGAUAGACGGGAUACAGAUGGUGGUAGAGGAGAUGAACAUUUUGACAACUCUGUUCUUGAGGUAUGACAAUCUGAAGAUUCUGUAUCCGAACAGCGUUCUCUGGCAGAGAGCAAUCAGCAAUUACUACCGAAGCCCCGACAUGGGAGACUCGAUCGAAUUCUGCGUCCACAUUGCUACUCCUGCCGAAAAGAUUGCCGCUAUCAGACAGAGAAUAUCAAAUUACAUUGAUAACAAUCCAGAGCAUUGGUACCCAUCAGCCAAAAUCGUGGUGAAAGACGUUGAAGACUUGAAGACAGUGAGGAUCGCGAUAUGGCCAUGUCACAAGAUCAAUCACCAGGACAUGGGCGAGAGAUGGACAAGGCGACAAGUCUUGGUGGAGGAACUUAUCAAGAUCGUCGUAGAGCUCGACAUUGAGUACAGGCUUCAUCCCCUCGACAUCAAUGUCAAAACUAUGCCAACGGUUGUCUCAAACAGAGUUCCUCCUGGCUGGCAACAGACCCCCCCUGCCUGAACUCGACAGAGCAAAUAGGCAGUCACACAAUUUUGUAACAGGUAACCUUAAUCUUAGGUCUUAGCUAUCAAAAGUGUUUCAGUAGGGGCAUUAUCGUAGGACAAGAAUUCAAGACGAUAUAUAUGUCAUUGUGGAAGAAGGAAGAUCCAAUCCAAACCUUUCAAUGUCUGUAACCAGGAACCCAUUUCAGUCAUAGGAAGAAAGAACCAUAAUAGAACAGAUUUUGUCGAUUUCAUGACCUUCGGCUUCCAUUCUGUUUACUACAGAAAGCAUGUUCUUGAUUCAGCAAAUUGUUUCCGGAGGGAAAAGAUCAGCAACAAGCUUGGGUUCCAAUCAAGCCAUGAUGCUUUAGAUAAUCUCUGAGUAUAACUGAAGAUAGAAUGUGAAUAUG